GGUCUGGGAGCCCAGGGGGAUAACCCAACGCCUGUCCGAAACUGGCUCCAGAGUCCCAGGGUGGGGGGAUUAGAGUUGGGGGAGGUGAAAGAUUGGUGACGGUUGGUGGCGGUGUAGACCGGGCCUCAGCUGUUAGGCCAGACAGAUCUUGGAAGUUGGGAGUUUCUUGCUCUCGGGAUGCUUAGCUCCGGGGUGCUGGCAGGAUAGGGUCCAACUAGGCCAUCUGACUCUAGGAGGCGACGCUGAGCCGCAGCGGACCCCGUCCUCGUCCAGUGGAGUUUCGUCUUCUUGUCAGAAGCCCAGAAGACUGACCGGGAUCCCCGCUGGGCCGGGUACCCUUUCCCCUAACCGGGAGCAGCCAUGCUCCGCGGCGUCCACAGCCUCCUGGGCCGUUGCUUCCCGCAGAUCUGGGAGGGGUCUGGACUGGACUUCGCCGCGGGAACCUGCAGAUGAGAAAGUUGAGGUCACCAAAGGCGUUUAUAGACCUACAGAUAGUAAGCAGGAGCAUGUCAUUGAGUAGUCCUAUUGCCAUGGCCACUGGAGCAAAGGAUCAACGACAAAGCCUUAACCAGACCCAGCCUCCGGUACCCAAUCGUCUGAUCCAUGAGAAGUCACCUUACCUACUACAACAUGCCUACAAUCCUGUAGACUGGUUCCCAUGGGGACAAGAAGCUUUUGAUAAAGCCAAGAAAGAAAAUAAGCCCAUUUUUCUUUCAGUUGGCUACUCAACUUGUCACUGGUGUCACGUGAUGGAGGAGGAAUCAUUUCAGAAUAAGGAUAUUGGGCAGAUACUCAGUGAGGACUUUGUGAGCAUAAAAGUGGAUCGAGAAGAGCGUCCUGAUGUAGACAAAGUGUACAUGACCUUUGUGCAGGCCACCAGCAGUGGUGGGGGCUGGCCCAUGAAUGUAUGGCUGACUCCUGACCUCCAGCCAUUUGUAGGGGGCACAUACUUCCCCCCUGAGGAUGGAGUAACACGUGUAGGUUUCCGAACUGUCCUCCUGAGGAUCCGUGAGCAGUGGAAGCAAAACAAGGCAAUGUUAAUGGCAAAUAGUCAACGGGUCACAGCCUCCCUGUUGGCCAGGUCUGAGAUUUGCAUGGGUGACAGAGAGCUACCCCCCUCUGCCUCAGCAGUCAGCAACCGAUGUUUCCAGCAGUUGGAAGAGGUCUAUGAUGAAGAACAUGGCGGUUUUGCAGAAGUCCCCAAAUUCCCUACACCCGUGAUCCUAAGCUUCCUGUUCUCUUAUUGGGCCACUCAUCGAAUGGCCACUGAUGGUUUUCGAGCCCAGCAAAUGGCCAUGCACACACUGAAGAUGAUGGCAAAUGGGGGUAUCCGGGACCAUGUGGGGCAGGGUUUUCACCGCUAUUCUACUGACCGUCAGUGGCAUAUCCCUCACUUUGAGAAGAUGCUUUAUGAUCAGGCCCAGCUGGCAGUAGCCUACAUUCAGGCCUUCCAGAUAUCUGGAGAUGAAUUCUUUGCUGAUAUUGCCAAAGACAUCCUACAAUAUGUGAGCCAGAACUUGAGUCACCAGUCUGGUGGCUUCUGCAGCGCAGAGGAUGCAGAUUCUAUGCCCGAGGGGGAAAAGAAACCCAAAGAGGGAGCCUAUUACUUGUGGAAGGUGAAGGAGAUCAAAGAUCUACUGCCAGAUCCUGUAGAAGGCUCCAAUGAGCCGCUGACCUUGGGCCAGCUCUUCAUGAAGCAUUAUGGGAUUACAGAGAAUGGCAACAUCGGAAGCACCCAGGAUCCCCAUGGAGAGCUUCAGGGUCAGAAUGUACUGACAGUACGGUACUCAAUGGAUCUCACCGCGGCUCGCUAUGGCCUGGAAGCAGAGGCUGUGAGGACGCUACUAGAUAUUGGGCGUGAGAAGCUCAUACAGACCCGAAAACGUCGUCCCCGGCCCCGAUUGGACAGCAAGAUGCUGGCAGCCUGGAAUGGAUUGAUGGUAUCUGGCUAUGCAAUAACAGGGGCUACCCUGGGUAAUGAGGAAAUGAUCAAACAGGCUAUCGAUGGGGCCAAGUUUUUGAAAAGGCAUCUAUUUGAUGUCAGUAGUGGACGACUUAUUCGGGGGUGCUAUGCAGGUGCUGGGGGAACUGUGGAGCAAAGCUCCUCUCAGUGGUGGGGCUUCCUAGAAGACUAUGCCUUUGUGAUACGAGGUUUGCUGGACUUGUACGAAGCUUCCAGGGAAUCUGCAUGGCUAGAGUGGGCAUUGAAGUUGCAGGAUAUGCAGGAUAAGCUCUUCUGGGACACCCAAGGAGGUGGCUACUUCUGUAACGAAGUCGAACUCCGGAAUGACCUCCCUCUUCGGCUCAAAGAUGAUCAGGAUGGCUCAGAGCCCAGUGCUAACUCGGUGUCUGCCCACAACCUACUGCGGAUUCACGGCUACACCGGCCGCAGGGACUAUAUGGAGAAAUGUGUCAAGCUGCUGACAGCCUUCUCUGAUCGGCUUUGGAAGGUCCCCGUGGCACUGCCGGAGAUGGUCCGGGCCCUGAUCAUCCAGCAGCAGACGGUGAAACAGGUUGUCAUCUGCGGGAGCCCACAGACUACGGACACCCAGGCUUUGAUCAACUGUGUCCACUCGGUCUAUGUACCCAACAAAGUGCUAAUUCUCACUGAUGGAGACCCUUCCAGCUUCCUCGCUCGACAGUUGCCAUUUCUGGCCAGGUUUCAUAAGCUAGAGGGCCGGGCCACAGCAUAUGUAUGUGAAAAUCAAGCAUACUCCAUGCCUGUCACAGAACCUGCGGAACUUCGAAAACUGUUGCUGCUGUGACUAAUCUCAUGUGGGCCCUGAGCCUCUAGGAGGGACCUUUGAGCACCAGGUCAAUAGAUGACCCAGCAGUCAGAAGUGGGGCACUGACUCAACAGGAGCUUGUAUCAUCAUCUAACCCAUGUUGACCUCAAAAGGGUCAUGGGUGAUUCUCCUUCCUGAAACUUUCUAUGCCACUGACCCCAAGGUAAUCCCAUGGAUUCCAUGGAAUAAACCUCUGGGCCCCAACA